ACUGCUUUACCGUAAGGGUAAGAGGCACAUCGCCUCCUCGAGGGCUCUCCAGGUGUGCCUUUCACAGCGUAAUCCUGUUCACGAAACCAAAAAUCAAAACCAGGCCACUGCCCACUGGUGGCUGAUACGCCCUUUUCUCAUCAACAGAACCGGGAGGAAGGGCUCUGGUGGGGCUGGCGGUCCCCUGUUCUCCCCGCUCAGGUGCGGCGCUGUGGCAGGAAGCCACCCCCUCGGUCGGCCGGUGCGCGGGGCUGUUGCGCCAUCCGCUCCGGCUUUCGUAACCGCACCCUGGGACGGCCCAGAGACGCUCCAGCGCGAGUUCCUCAAAUGUUUUCCUGCGUUGCCAGGACCGUCCGUCGCUCUGAGUCAUGUGCGAGUGGGAAGUCGCACUGACACUGAGCCGGGCCAGAGGGAGAGGAGUCGAGCGCGGCGCGGGGCCGAGGGACUCGCAGUGUGUGUAGAGAGCCGGGCUCCUGCGGAUGGGGGCUGCCCCCGGGGCCUGAGCCCGCUGCCCGCCCACCGCCCCGCCCCGCCCCUGCUGCCCGGUUCCCAUUAGCCUGUCCGCCUCUGCGGGGCCAUGGAGCGGUAGCCGAGGAGGAAGCAUGCUGGCCGUCGGCUGCACGCUGCUGGCUGUCCUGCUGGCCGCGCCGGGAGCGGCGCUGGCCCCAGGGCGCUGCCCUGCGCAGGAGGUGGUGAGAGGUGUGCUGACCAGUCUUCCAGGAGACAGUGUGACUCUGACCUGCCCAGGAGUAGAGCCGGAAGACAAUGCCACUGUUCACUGGGUGCUCAGGAAGCCGGCUGCAGGCUCCCACCCCAGCAGAUGGGCUGGCAUGGGAAGGAGGCUGCUGCUGAGGUCGGUGCAGCUCCACGACUCUGGAAACUAUUCAUGCUACCGGGCCGGCCGCCCAGCUGGGACUGUGCACUUGCUGGUGGAUGUUCCCCCUGAGGAGCCCCAGCUCUCCUGCUUCCGGAAGAGCCCCCUCAGCAAUGUUGUUUGUGAGUGGGGUCCUCGGAGCACCCCAUCCCUGACGACCAAGGCUGUGCUGUUGGUGAGGAAGUUUCAGAACAGUCCGGCCGAAGACUUCCAGGAGCCGUGCCAGUAUUCCCAGGAGUCCCAGAAGUUCUCCUGCCAGUUGGCAGUCCCGGAGGGAGACAGCUCUUUCUACAUAGUGUCCAUGUGCGUCGCCAGUAGCGUCGGGAGCAAGUUCAGCAAAACUCAAACUUUUCAGGGUUGUGGAAUCUUGCGGCCUGAUCCGCCUGCCAACAUCACAGUCACUGCCGUGGUCAGAAACCCCCGCUGGCUCAGUGUCACCUGGCAAGACCCCCGCUCCUGGAACUCAUCUUUCUACAGACUACGGUUUGAGCUCAGAUAUCGGGCUGAACGGUCAAAGACAUUCACAACAUGGAUGGUCAAGGACCUCCAGCAUCACUGUGUCAUCUACGACGCCUGGAGCGGCCUGAGGCACGUGGUGCAGCUUCGUGCCCAGGAGGAGUUCGGGCAAGGCGAGUGGAGCGAGUGGAGCCCGGAGGCCAUGGGCACGCCUUGGACAGAAUCCAGGAGUCCUCCAGCUGAGAACGAGGUGUCCGCCCCCACGCAGGCACUUACUACUAAUAAAGAUGAUGAUAAUAUUCUCUUCAGAGAUUCUGCAAAUGCGACAAGCCUCCCAGUGCAAGAUUCUUCUUCGGUACCACUGCCCACAUUCCUGGUUGCUGGAGGGAGCCUGGCCUUUGGAACGCUCCUCUGCAUUGCCAUUGUUCUGAGGUUCAAGAAGACGUGGAAGCUGCGGGCUCUGAAGGAAGGCAAGACAAGCAUGCACCCGCCGUAUUCUUUGGGGCAGCUGGUCCCGGAGAGGCCUCGACCCACCCCAGUGCUUGUUCCUCUCAUCUCCCCACCGGUGUCCCCCAGCAGCCUGGGGUGUGACAAUACCUCGAGCCACAACCGACCAGAUGCCAGGGACCCACGGAGCCCUUAUGACAUCAGCAAUACAGACUACUUCUUCCCCAGAUAGCUGGCUGGGUGGCACCAGCAGCCUGGACGCUGUGGAUGGCAGAACACAAACGGGCUCAGCAAAAGAUGCUUCUCACUGCCAUGCCAGCUUAUCUCGGGGCGUGCGGCCUUUGGCUUCACGGAAGAGCCUUGCAGAAGGUUCUACGCCAGGGGAAAAUCAGCCUGCUCCAGCUGUUCAGCUGGUUGAGGUUUCAAACCUCCCUUUCCAAAUGCCCAGCUUAAAGGGGUUAGAGUGAACUUGGGCCACUGUGAAGAGAACCGUAUCAAGACUCUUUGGACACUCACACGGACACUCAAAAGCUGGGCAGGUUGGUGGGGGCCUCAGUGUGGAGAAGCUGCUGGCAGCCCACCCCGCAACACCUCUGCACAAGCUGCACCCUCAGGCAGGUGGGAUGGAUUUCCAGCCAAAGCCUCCUCCAGCCGCCAUGCUCCUGGCCCACUGCAUCGUUUCGUCUUCCAGCUCAAACUCUUAAAACCCAAAUGCCUUUGCAAAUUCUGUUUUUCUAAGGCUGGAGAGACGGCUUUUACUUAAACCGCCAAGGCUGGGGGAAGAAGCUCUCUCCUCCCUUUCUUCCCCACAGUUGAAAAACAGCUGAGGGUGAGUGGGUGAAUAAUACAGUAUCUCAGGGCCUGGUCGUUUUCAACAGAAUUAUAAUUAGUUCCUCAUUAGCAUUUUGCUAAAUGUGAAUGAUGAUCCUAGGCAUUUGCUGAAUACACAGGCAACUGCAUUGGCUUUGGGUUGCAGGACCUCAGGUGAGAAGCACAGGAAGGAGAGGAGAGGGGCACAGGGUCUCUACCAUCCCCUGUAGAGUGGGAGCUGAGCGGGGGAUCACAGCCUCUGAAAACCAAUGUUCUCUUUUCUCCACCUCCCACAAAGGAGAGCUAGCAGCAGGGAGGGCUUCUGCCAUUGCUGAGAUCAAAACUGUUUUACUGCAGCUUUGUUUGUUGUCAGCCGAACCUGGGUAACUAGGGAAGAUAAUAUUAAGGAAGACAAUGUGAAAAGAAAAAUGAGCCUGGCAAGAAUGCAUUUAAACUUGGUUUUUAAAAAACUGCUGACUGUUUUCUCUCGAGAGGGUGGAAUAUCCAAUAUUUGCUGUGUCAGCAUAGAAGUAACUUACUUAGGUGUGGGGGAAGCACCAUAACUUUGUUUAGCCCAAAACCAAGUCAAGUGAAAAAGGAGGAAGAGAAAAAAUAUUUUUCCUGCCAGGCAUGGUGGCUCACGCCUGUAACCCCAGCACUUCGGGAGGUCGAGGCGGGAGGAUCACUUGAGUCCAGGAGUUUGAGAUCAGCCUGGGCAAUGUGGUAAAACCCCAUCUCUACAAAAAGCAUAAACAUUAGCCAAGUGUGGUAGAGUGCGCCUGAAGUCCCAGAUACUUGGGGGGCUGAGGUGGGAGGAUCUCUUGAGCCUGGGAGGUCAAGGCUGCAGUGAGCCGAGAUUGCACCACUGCACUCCAGCCUGGUUGACAGAGCAAGUGAGACCCUGUCUCAAAAAAAAAAAAAAAAGAAAAGAAAAGAAAAAACGUUUUCCCUAUUAGAGAAGAGAUUGUGGUUUCAUUCAUUCUGUAUUUUGUUUUUGUCUUAAAAAGUGGAAAAAUAGCCUGCCUCUUCUCUACUCGAGGGAAAAACCAGCAUGUGACUACUCCCCCAGGCGGUUAUGGAGAGGGUGUCCGGUCCUUGUCCCAGUGCUGAGAAGGAAGCCUCCCACGACUACCCGGCAGGGUCCUAGAAAUUCCCCACCCUGAAAGCCCUGAGCUUUCUGUUAUCAAAGAGGAGGUUUUAAAAAAAUCCCAUUUAAAAAAAAUCCCUUACCUCAGUGCCUUCCUCUUUUUAUUUAGUUCCUUGAGUUGAUUAAGCUCUGCAAGAAUUGAAGCAGGACUAAAUGUCUACUUGUAACACCGUGAUUAACCACUUAAGCUGACUUUUCUGUCUGAGCUUUGAAAAUUCAGUGGUGUUAGUGGUUACCCAGUUAGCUCUCAAGUUAUCAGGGUAUUCCAGAGUGGGGAUAUGAUUUAAAUCAGCCGUGUAACCAUGGACCCAAAAUUUACCAGACCACAAAACUUUUCUAAUACUCUACCCUCUUAGAAAAACCACCACCAUCACCAGACAGGUGCGAAAGGAUGAAAGUGACCAUGUUUUGUUUAUGGUGUUCCAGGUUUAAGCUGUUAAUGUCUUCAGUAAGCCGUGACUUUCAUUGCUGGGCUUGUCUGUAGAUUUUAGACCCUAUUGCUGCUUGAGGCAACUCAUCUUAGGUUGGCAAAAAGGCAGGAUGGCCGGGCACGGUGGCUCACGCCUGUAAUCCUAGCACUUUGGGAGGCCGAGGUGGGAGGAUUGCUUGAGCUCAGGAGUUUGAGACCAACCUGGGUAACAUAGUGAGACACCAUCUCUAUUAUAAACAAUAACAUUUAA